AAGAGGCUAUGUGUUUGAGAGAUCUGACACCAAAAGCUGGUGGAGUCAGCGCAGUGGAGCCUCAUCCUCACUUGCGAUCACUUGGAUCAGGAUUACAGAAAGAGAUGCAUCUCGUUACUACUCCUAUAAUGCACCCUCUAUGCAUCUUCGGUUAUCUUUCUCUGACAGCUGUCAUAGUGUCUCCUUUAGAAUCCUCCACAGACAGCAGCCUCAACCCUGUCUGUCCACUGGGCCAGUUCCCCUGUGGCAACCUGUCUGUAUGCCUGCCCCAGCUUUACCACUGCAAUGGGGUCCAGGACUGUGCUAACGGAGCUGAUGAGGAGAACUGCGUGGAUAACAGCGGGUGGCCACAUCUUUUUGAUGCCUUUAUGAAGAAAAAUGUUGAAGAUUCCAAGGAAUGCAUACUGGACGUGUUCCCAGAGGUAUGUUUCUGUGAGGGCAGGAGAAUAAACUGUAACAAAAAGGGUCUACUAAGUGUCCCAGCUGUGUCUUCCAAUAUAACAGCUCUUGAGCUGAACAGCAACCAGAUCACAGCUCUCCAACCAGACCAGUUCAUCCGCUACAAACACCUUGAGAGACUACACCUGGAAGACAACAGGAUCAAAAGAAUCUCCAAGCAGGCAUUCUCAGGACUCUACUCACUAAGAAGACUAUUUCUCAGUCAGAAUCGGAUUACGUUGUUGAAGACCGGCAUUUUUGAAGACCUUUGGAACCUGGAGUGGCUGAUUCUUGAUGAAAAUAGAAUAGCAUCUCUGAGACAGAAAUCGUUUGAGGGGCUGAAAUCGUUAUUUUUCCUGUCUUUGCUGAACAAUUCCCUAGAAUCUAUCCCCAAGAAAUCUGUCUGCCAGGAAAUGCCUAGAUUAAACUGGCUAGAACUGGAGGGGAACAAGAUAUCAUCUUUGUGGGUUUCCAGCUUUCAAAACUGCACCACUCUGACAGUAUUGGCUCUUCGAAAAAACAGAAUACAAACUAUUGAGGAGGGAAUAUUUUCUGGCAUGCCUAACCUGAUAGACUUGGACGUAUCUUUAAACAAAAUUGAGGAGUUCUCACCAACUAUAUUUACAAAUCUUCAAAACCUAAAACAGUUGAACAUCUCAAAUAACCCUCUGACUCAUAUCUAUGAUGAUCAGUUUGACAUGUUUGUCAAUUUGCAAUCUCUGAGUAUAGAGGAGAUCGACAUACCAAACAUCAGUAUUCAGAUGUUUCGCUCUCUUAGGAACUUGGCCCAUAUUUAUUUUAAGAAAUUUGAAUACUGUGGCUACUCUCCUAAUGUGCGAAGUUGCAAGCCAAACACUGACGGGAUUUCAACAUUUGAGAAUCUUCUUGCGAACAUCAUCCUUCGCGUUUUUGUGUGGGUGGUGGCCUUCAUCAUCUGCUUUGGCAACGUCUUUGUGAUAUGCCUGCGGUCUUGCAUUGCAUCCGAAAACCAGCACCACACCAUGGCCAUCAUAUCACUGUGCUGUGCUGACUGCUUGAUGGGAGUAUACCUGUUCUUCAUUGGUGCAUUCGACAUCAAAUACUGUGGAGAGUACAACAGACACGCCCAGCUGUGGAUGGAGAGCAUGCAGUGCCAGUUGAUUGGCUCUCUGGCCAUGCUGUCCACUGAGGUGUCAGUCAUGCUUCUGACCUACAUGACUAUGGAGAAGUACCUGUGCAUUGUGUUCCCCUUCCACAACUACAGAGCCGGACGGAAACAGACACUCUGCUACCUCAUCUUCAUCUGGGUCCUGGGUUUCAUAAUCGCCGUCAUUCCCCUUUGGGACAAGCAGACGUUUGGGAAUUACUACGGCAGGAAUGGAGUGUGUUUUCCACUUCACUCAGACGAGAUGGAGAAACCAGGUGCCCGAUGCUACUCCACUGGAAUAUUUCUGGGGUUGAAUCUCUUUGCAUUCGUCAUGAUCGUCUUCUCCUACACCAGCAUGUUUUACUCUGUACAGAAAACUGCUAAGACAGCAAGACAGUCCGUCUACAACAAGGAGGUCUCUAUAGCCAAGAGGUUUUUCUUCAUCGUUUUCACAGAUGCCAUGUGUUGGACACCUAUAUUUCUCCUAAAGAUCCUCUCUCUUUUACAAGUGGAAAUAGCAGGAACGAUCGUUCUAUGGGUGGUGAUCUUCAUCCUGCCCAUCAAUAGUGCCCUAAACCCCAUCCUGUACACCAUCACCACCAGCUCCUUCCAGGAGAGACUGAAACUCUGCCUAAAGGCCAAGUGCAGACAAACUGGGCUCAGGGAAACUUCCCAAAAAGUAUCUGAAGUCUACGAGAACCCCAGCCCUCCUCCUUAACAAAAAGGAACCUCUCAGUCAGGGAGCUGGCCAACCCUCCUGGGUAUGCAGGCUUUUAUUCCAGUCCUUCUGGAACACACCUGAUUCAGAUCAAGAUCUUGCAGAUCAUCUGAUUAAUAGGAUCAGUGUGUUUGAGCAGGGCUUGAGCAAAGCCUGCAUUCCGAGUAGCUCUCCAGGAGGAGGGUUGGCUAUCCAUGCUCUUAUGUAUUUGAUAUGGGGAGUGAUGUAAUCAUUCUUUACCAGCAAGAGAACCGUGUGGCUCAGUUGGUAGAGCAUGGUGUUUGCAACACCAGGGUUGUGGGUUCGAUUCCCACGGGGAACCAGUACGGGAAAUAAAAAUUAUGAAAUGUAUGCAUUCACUACUGUAAGUCGCUCUGGAUAAGAGCGUCUGCUAAAUGACUAAAAUGUAAAAAUGAGAACAAAUUCUCUGGGAACCAAUUUAUUGUGAAAUAUUUUGUGUGAAUACAUAAUGUACAGUUACUGUAAACACAGAUGUGCAGAAUCAACAUAUUUUCCCUACCCAAAUUACACUGAGUACACCAAACAUUAGGAACACCUUCCUAAUAUUGAUUUGCACCCCCCCCCCCCCUUUGCCCUCGGAACAGGUAUCAGAGCAAGGCAUCUACUACCGUACCCCAUUCAAAGGUGCUUUAAUCUUUCAUUUGUCUUGCCCAUUCACCCUCUGAAAGGCACACAUACACAUUCCACACCUCAAUUGUCUCAAGGCUUAAAAAUCCUUCUUAAACCAGUCUCCUCCCCUUCAU